AUGGCUGCCUCUGAUACCGAGCGAUUGCUGGCACUCCUCAGUGCCCAUUCCAUCCCCGUCGUCACCGUUGAGGGCACGUCCAAAUCAUCGAUGCGCCUCAGCGACGCCAUGGCGUCAAGGCUGCUCCCCACCGACAAGCUCGCCAUCGACGAGGAGCUCGGCAGCCAGCUACACGAUGCCAUAGUUCAGGCUAUGCCGUAUCUGGCAGUUCCUGUCGUUGGUUCUCAAGAUUGGAACUCUAUCAAGGGUGGCAUGGACUUUGCGACACAGAGUGCCGCACGCACCCUCAGCGUUCAGGGUGAAGAGGGCCUCACAACGUUUCUCUACGCCUUCAUGUUCGUGCCGCUGAACUUUAUGUUGGGCGUGUUGCUCUCCCAUGUGGAGGGUACACUCCAUUGGGAACCAGUCUACCUCGGGGAUUCCAAGCCUGACAUACGUCUCGUUUGGAUUCCCAAGCAGCCGCCGAACGGUAGCCCGAAGACCGAAAAGGCCUUGCUUGAAAUGAAAACGUCACGGUCACUGCCACUCGCCGCGAUGAACGGCAUGCUAGACGACAUCGAAAGAGCCCACAUUGUUGUGGCUCCAGGUGGAUUGACGAUGUUUGCGCAGGGGACAGCAAACGAGACGCGUUCGGGGCAGACAACUCUGCGCAUUCUCGACCAGUUUCGCAACAGCAUCCGCGCGCGACAGGUCUCGUUGGCCGCGCUAUGCAACGGCGAGUGGUGCAACGCCGUGCACAUUGACGGUCGCGUAGCAAAGACGCUUGCUUUUGGUCUCCCUGUGCAGCUCACUUCGAGACCGAGUAUCUUGAAUUUGGCGUCCUCCCCCCUUGGCCUGUUCCUUGGCAUGUCGAUCCGAGCGCUGCAGCUGUCGGGUAUCGACCUCGCCCGAACACCACCCUGUCCCACUGCACUGGCCCAAGGAGACGACGAGGGAGCAGAACCGAAGAGCAGCGAUUCCAAUGUUCAACCUGACGCGCCUGCUGCCGACCAACGCACUAGCGACGGCCCCAGCGGCAGCUCCACCGUACCCAUGACCAGGCAACACCCCGGGUCGUCUAGCACGACAACGGCACGGCCAGAAGACCAGAUAGCCACUCUGCCCACGCCACCACCCUCACCCUCUGGGCUCAACAUCACCGGCAGGGCCGUAGAUUGCUUCUGUGGCACCGCGCCCCAUCCCCUCAGGUUUCUCCCCCUUGGCAGCGACCAUUCCUCCAAGACGGCCCGUAUCCGCCUCGGACCCGAGCGCGGCAAGGGGGCCAUCUGGAGUGCCUACGACGCAACCGUCGAGACCGACACGGCUUCAUACGCUGGCCUGGUGUGGAAGGAGCACAUACCCCUCUUUGUGCCAACCGAGGAGGAGAGCCGCCAUGUUCGUCGUGCGGUUGAGCACGAGCUGACCCUCCUCCGUGGUCCCCUCCGUGGCCUCCAAGGUCAAGUAGUGCCUCGCGUCUUCGGCGCAUGGGAAACUGGCGACGGCCAGGCAUUUGCGAUACUUAUGGAGGAUGCGGGCCGGCAGCUCUCGCCCCGCGAGCGUACCGAUCCUGCUGUUCAGACCGCUGUCACCGAGGCCGUAGAUGCGAUAUUUGCGGCCGGAGUCGAACAUGGCGACCUCGAAUGGCGGCACAUCCGUGUCAAGGAGGGCGGGGCGAGCAUUAUGGUGAUUGACUUCGACAAGUCUGGCGUCCUGGACGAAAAUCACGCCUCAGACAGCAAAACCGAGUACCGCGACGAGAUACUAGCCGAGCUGUUCGCCUCUGCUCCACCUUAG